AUAAUCUUGAAAAGGACUUACGUGAACAGAAAUAUUCCGGAGAGAAAAAAUGAUAAUUCCACCAUAAAACUGCGUGACGACGGGCUGUACAAUAUCCUGUUGCACGUCACCUUAUUGGAUGAAGAUUUACCGGAAACAACUAUUGUUAAAUGUUUGCUCAGCAUAUCUAAAGCUUUAUACAACGUUUCUCGCAAGACUGUUUAUUACGCUG